GCUGACCUAAAACAAACAGAGGAAAAGUGGACAAAAGUAGCCCUGCAAAAGGAUGAUGAGUGGAAAGAGAAAUGCAGAGAGAUUGAAAAACAAAGAGAGGAGGCAGAAAAAGAGGCAAAAACGAGGGAAGAACAGGUGAAACACCUUGAGCAAGAGAAAAAGCAAAGUCAGAUUCAAAUAGAAGAGGAGAGACAAAAUGAGAGAGAAAGGCUCCUAGAGAUCCAAAAAAUGGAGAUGGAGGAGAGCCUAAGAGAGAUGGAACAGAGAACAUUGGAAAUGGAGAAAAAAGAAGAGAAAAGACGUCAGUAUAUUGAGGAGAGAGAAAGAGAGAUGGAACAGAAAAGGAUGGAGAUGGAGAGAAAAGAAGCUGAGAAAAGAAAAAGAGAGAUGGAGCAAAAACAAGAACUGGAGUUACAAAAGGAAGAAGAAGCAGAGAAACUGAAGGAAAUUGAGAAAAGCAUAAAAGAAAAAUGUGAGUCUGAGCUUAAACAAAUAGAGGACAAGAGAGAAGAACAUCAACAGCUUCAAACUGAAGAGGAAAAACAAAGAGAGUCACAAAGUCUACUCGAGAUCCAGAGCAGGGAAAAUGAAAAUAGGCAAGCAGAAAUGGACAACAGAAAGUUAGAAAUGGAAAAGGAAGAAGUGGAAGCUGGACAAAUGAAAGUGGAGGAAGAAAAGAAGGAAAUAAACAGACAAAUGGAAAUGAGACGAAAAGAGACAGACAGAGAGAUGGAAAGAAGAGACACUGAAGCAAGAAAAACUAGACUGGACAUUAUUCGAGAACAACAGAGGGAGAGAAAGAGCGAGCGCAUGAGAAAGGCAGAAGAGAGACAGAAAGAGGAGCAAAGAAAGAGAGAAGAGCGACAAAAUCAGGAUGAGGAAGCAAGAUACUGGUAUGAACACCCAGAAGAAUGGCGUAAGAACCAAGAAAAACUGGCCAUCCAGAAAGAAGAGGCACGACAACAAGAGCUGGAAAAAAAGUGGGAAGAAGAGGCCAGGAGACUUGAAGAAUUAAAUAGAAGGCAAAAUGAAUAUGAGGAGAAAAUGAGGCCUGAGCGACAGAGAGAAAAAGAGAAACGGAAGGAGGCUCAAAUGCAGCGCCAACUAGAAUUGGAAAAACAGGACGAAUUGGACAGACAAAGGGAGCUAGAAAUGGAAAGAGAGAGAGAACAGGAAAUUCAGAGACAGAGGGAAGAGGAAAUGGAGAGAAAGAGACAAGAGGAAGAAAUGCAGAGACAAAAACAAGAGGAAGAAAUGCAAAGACAAAAAAAAGAGGAAGAAAUGCAGAGGCAAAAACAAGAAGAAAUGGAGAGUCAGACAAAGGAGGAACAACAGGAGGACAAGGGAACAUUCUGGGAACAAACUGAUGAUGAGUGUAGUGAUGAGAGCAGUGAUGAGACUAAUGAUGAUGAGAGGGAAUCACAGGAUGAGACAGAUGCUCCGGUCCGAGAUAAGAGUAUGAGAAGGAGGUUCAUCGGAUGGCUCAAUGGAAAGAUGAAAGAGCGAUAUGAGACAAAAAUUGAGAGGACCAUCAUGAGAGAAGAGGAAGAAGGUGAAGAACCUUAUUUUCAAGUAUUCAAAGGAUACAUGACCCGGGCCAAAAGAGAGCAGGAGAAACGCAAGAGCCUAGUGGAUGCAGAGGCAAAAAGACAAAAUCUAGAGUCAUCCUGGCUUGAGUGGGAAAAAGAAAAGAAAGAGAAAAAGAUAAAGAGGAAAGAGCAGAAGAAAGAGGCCAGAAGCCAAGCCCAGUUGGGUCAAAAGAUUCUCAAACUGAAUGAAGAGGCUGACAGGAACCUUGAUAAGUAUAAUGGCACUAACAUAUACUCCUCCCAGAACAAACUCUUGAGGAAACAGAUGAUUGGCUGGGAUAGGAAAAGAAAAUAA